GUGAUCAGCUGUGUCCAAUGACCAAUUGCCAAGCAGUGCCUCCCACCAGUGUCAAGCAGUGCCACCCAGCAGUUCCCAUCAGUGCUCAACAGCCAGUCACUGCUGCCAGUCAGCGCUGCCUAUCAGUGUUGCCCAUCAGUGCCACCUAUCAGUGCCCAUCAUUUCUGCAUAUCAGUGCAGCAUCAUCAGUGCCUCCUCAUCAAUGCCCACCAGUGCUGCCUCAUCAAUGCCACUUCAUCAGUGCAGCCUAUCAGUGCCCAUCAGUGCUGCCUAUCUGUGCCACCUCAUCAGUGCCCAUCAGUGCUGCAUAUCAGUGCAGCCCAUCAACGCACACCAGUGAAGGAGAAAAAUUA